AUGGUUCAAGCUGUCGCAGUGUUAAAGGGUGAUGCCGGUGUUUCCGGUGUCGUCAAGUUCGAGCAAGCCUCCGAAUCUGAGCCAACCACUGUCUCCUACGAAAUCUCUGGUAACAGCCCCAAUGCUCUUCGCGGGUUCCACAUCCACGAGUUCGGGGAUGCCACUAACGGCUGUGUCUCUGCCGGCCCCCACUUCAACCCUUUCAAGAAGACCCACGGUGCGCCAACCGACGAAGUCAGACACGUUGGUGACAUGGGUAACUUGAAGACCGACGCCAAUGGUGUAGCCAAGGGCUCUUUCCAAGACAAGCUGAUCAAGUUGUUCGGUGUCAAUUCCGUCGUCGGCAGAAGUGUCGUCAUCCAUGCUGGUCAAGAUGACUUGGGUAAGGGUGACACUGAAGAGUCUUUGAAGACCGGUAACGCCGGCCCAAGACCUGCCUGUGGUGUCAUUGGUAUAACUAACUAA